AUGUCGUUUAGGAAUUUUCCAUUUACUCUCUCCUCUUUGUUUAUUAGGAAAUAUGAACAAAAUGUGUUUCCUACGAAAAUUCGACCCUUAAUCCAGACUCGAUUUGCUAAAGUAACCUCUGUUCGUCUACAGUUUACUUCAAAAGAAACAAUUAAUUCAAAAUACAUGGAAAGAUAUUAUAAUAAAUUAAAGAUUAAAGCUAAAAAGGAGGGGUUUACUUCGGUGGAGGAAAUGAAAGCUGAAAAAUUAAAAUCAGUUCAAAAGGAUUUAUCCAAUGAAUCGAUAUUUACACGAAAAAAAAUUUCAUCGAACGACAAUAAAACAAAUGUUUCGCAGAAAAUAAAUAAUGCAGAAGUUUCAAUGAGCUUACCACCGCAUAUCAAACCCCUUGAUAAGAUAUUAAAUAUGGAUAAAAUAAAAGAUCAGGACUCGGAAAUGAUUGAAAAAUUAUGGAUAGAAUAUCAUUCUAAAAAAAUUUGUUUAUCAGCCGUUAUUCCUGCCGAUAUUUAUCGAACCUUGUUUAAACGUGGACAACAAUAUCCAUUGUUUGUUGUUCCUUUACCUCAAGAACAAGGUUUUGAAUUUUAUGUUCUUCAAUUUCAAUUUCAUCAAUGUUUCUUUACUUCUUUAUUAGAAUACAAGACUCAUGGAACUGAAUCAAAAUAUCAUAUGGUGUUAACUCAUUUUCCUGACCUUAUUGAUUCUAAAGGGAUUGUUUUAAUGUAUGGUGAAAUCGUUGAACCCAAUUUACUUUCUUUAAAAACUGCUCAAUACCUUACUUAUGCCAUGCAAAGAUUUUAUGUUAGUGGUACAAAAGAUGAAUUAGAUUUAGUUGAAAAAUUCCACAAGUAUCCUGAUAAAUUUGAAUAUAACGAUUUAAUAAAAAUUUUAUAA